AAAUGAGAAAUACAUUCAUCUAAGUUCAGAUAGUUCUCAACGGUUCACGAAAUGAGAAAUAUAUUCGAUUACAAAAACUACUUUUUUGCACAUCACGGAUUGGCUAUGGAGAUGGGAGAGGUGGCUUUGGCUUCUCUAUUUGACCAAAGGGCACAUUGUUGAAUAAACUUUACGACACUUGGAAAAUCGGAGGGCGAACCCAUGAACACCCAUCAUUUCCAUUUUAAUUUUCUCGGAGGCUGCGUUUCCGGAUUAUCGGACUAUGAGAAGGGAUUAUCACCUUUUAUACAAUCAUCAAGUGAAGUUUGUAGAUUCCAGAGCUCAUUUGAGGAUGCAUGAACUGUAAAAAGGAUCGGCGAGAAGCCUUUCCUUGGUUCUUCCACAUUCAGAUAAUUCCUGGAGAAUUUGUACAGCGGUUUUCAACUCAUUAUUUGAUUUUUACAAUUUGGUUAUAGAUAAAUGGUGCUUAAAGAAAGUUGUAGCAGCCAUUAGUAUGACAUCAUUGAGCUCAGAUAUUUUCUAUGACAUAUUACGACGUUUAGAUGGACCAACUUUGGCUAGUGCAGCCUGCACUUGUGCUGCAUUGUGUUCCCUUUCAAAAGAAGAAAAAUUGUGGGAAAAUGUUUGUUCCUCCAUGUGGCCUUCAACUUCUAGGGACGAUGUCAAAAGCCUGAUAAUAUCAAUUGGAGGAUUCAGAAAGUUUUAUGCAGAUUGUUUUCCUCUUAUUGUAAACAAGGAAGUUAUCGGGUAUCAGUGGGGCAAUUCUCCUGAAUACCCUGAUGAAUUGACCGAGGCCGAGUAUUAUGGUGACAUGGACGAGUUGGAAACUACUUCUCCCUCAGAUUUUGUCUCCCUAGUUGACAUCAAGUACAAAGAUAAAACAAUAUGCUCCAGAGUUCUUUGGGGAAUUCCAAAUGCAAAUGGCUUCAAUGGUUGGUUUUACAACUGCCCAUUCCGAAUUGAUCUUCUUACUUAUGCGUCGAGAGAAGACGGUGAUCAUGAAGUUGCUCUUUCUGUUUCUGAUGGUCUACCACCUAUAAUGUCCAUGGACAGGGAAAGAAAGGGUGGUAAGUUAUGGCAGGAACUUCGUGACGAACUCCGCCUUAGUUGGAUUAUUGUAAAUAGGAAAAUGAAGCAAGCUGUUAACGUUGCAAGCUGGAGACCUCUUGGUGGACAAAGGCAUUGGCCUACAGACCGGGAUUUCGUCAUUCGUUUCGGGUCCAUUCUUCCUGCAAAAGACAUUCUUCCAUGUCAAGUGGUAGAAUGCAUCCUUAGCAUGAAGUUUAGAGCCAUUUAUACAGAGGGAGAGGAAACUCAAACAACUCUUAAGCUAACAGAGCUCAGCAUGCAAUUAGAAGACAUGGAGGGUGCAUACGUAAACGGGCGAAACAGUUUACUCAUACUUAAGGAAGCUCUAAGUUGUCGUCGGAGUAAAAAUUACAGCGAAGUUCUGGAAUCGUGUCAUUUGUACUCGAGAGUGCAGAGCGAACUGAGAGAGGAGAAGAUGAGGAAUGAAAGCAGGUUAGAUAGACUUUGCAUACUAAGUGGCAUUGCUGCAUUCCUCACAUUCUGGUACUACAUCUUGUGACUUUGACUUGUAGAGUAAAAUGUUCCAACUAAUUACCAAAAUUUAUACUCUUUUGAUGUAAAUUGCAAAAUUGUAUAAUGAAACAAAGAUCUAUAAGUAGUUUUCUAACUUGGUUAUCACCAUGAACUAUCUGUUAACAGUAGUAUGGUACUGUAUCCUUAGUCCUAGUGUGACAAAUAAAUGGGAAAAUUUCUGGUA